AAAAGGCUGCAGUCGUCUGUCUGAGUUCUGUUCGUGUUUGGAGCAGAAGCUGUUCAUCUCCUAGUCCUGUCAAUCCCAUGACCGAUGGCGACCCUGAGUGCAUUUUGCCACGGGGUCGCUAUUUGAGGGAUUUUUGUCGAGGAUGGACCGAAAGCUGUAACGGCGGUCGCCUUGCCCGGCGUCGCCCGCUGUAUAUCGCUCCAGCUUCUCGCUAACCGGGCUGGAGCUCAUUUCAAAAUGUACGCUGCCAUUUAGCACGCACACCGCAGUGGAGGCCGGGCAUUCGCACCAAUAAUACGUGUCGACUGUUUGAGAUUCUCCGAUUCGAAUGGCCAAGCAGAGCCCGUCUAUCCGCGUUUGUGGCUCCAGGACAUUUCAUUAAUGAAUUAUCAGGAUGUCGUAAAUCAUGAUGAAAGAUAACAUCGAUAAGACUUA